AAUUCACACCUGUUAUUACUUAUAUCUAUUAUCUGAAAUAUUCCUGAUUGUUGGAUCUGUAUUAUUCUCGAUUGCAGUAAACUUCUGCUUUCACUGUAUCUAUUGUUUUAUUCUGAUGUUCCCUUCAUGUUCAUACCAAGAGUCAUGCACCUUCUUUUUGAAACAAAAAGAAGGGGGAAUUACCUCAUAAAAAAUGUCUCAACAAUGCAGUAUUUAUACUUUUUUUUUUCCAGAUUUGUAGGUGAAGAUCCUCAGUUGAAUGUGUAAUGGCAAGGACUAACUCAUUCCCUAGCUGAAGGAGAAGAGAGUGCGUGUGUUUUUAUCAUCAGCAGGUUCAAAGCAGUCACCUGUUCAUUUGAUAAGACAUCAAUUGCCUCUGAGAAAAUGAGGCCCAGUGAGAAGGGAAAUGACUUAAUCACCACACAGCCUUCGUAACCAGAACAGGAGCUAAAGUGGGAUGCCAGAGCAUGGCUGUGUCUGGAGACUUGCAGAGGCAACCUGCCAACAGAGGCCUCAUGUCAUUAUCAUGGUAUUGUGUUCCUACUCAUCUUCUUCAGCUAUGCCCUGUUCCAGGCUCCCAAAAAGGACAUUCAGUGAAGUCAAGGUCAUCGCUUCCAGCUGAUGCAUUUCACCUGACCUAAAUGCCACAAUUCCUCAGUCUCAGCUAUAUGGACUUUAGAACAAUGGUCAAUUAUUUCUAUUUCCUUAAGAGACCCUGGACAUUCUCUUUUACUUUCCUAUGUAGCGAAACCUUGUGUCAAUGCCAGGACUGGAUUUCCUAAGUUUGGUGUGACACCGAGGCCAGAGAAUCCCAGGCAGCUCCCACCCCAGCCACGUGCCAAGAGUGGCUGCCCCGAACUGCUGGCAGUGCGAGUGGCAGUGCAGAGCAAAGCUGCUCUCUGCAGCUCCUGUGUAUCGUCAGCAUCUAGGCUCAAAGCAAGAGUCAGAGAAGGCUCUCUGAGAGAUCUUUACUCUCCAAAGGAUGGUGCAAGAGAGAGAGAGAGAACUGGGUCCCGCGCUUAACUUUUAACCCGGGGGGCAGAGGGCUGGGGCAGGUACGUGAAUGGCUCCAGGCUGAGACAGGGCAGGGUCAGGAGAAGGGCACAAAGGGACAGGCGAGGGGAAAACCUGGGGUAAAACCAAAAUAAACCAAACACUGCAGGGAUAACCAGAACAAACCAUUGAGAGAACAACUUAACAAAAACUUACCAAAAACCCACCACCACAUUUGUGGAUUAUAAUUCGUCUUUUUAUGUUUCUUAUCCCAUUCCAAAUAGAAAUCGGUAAUAGACAUAAAGGGAUGCACAUUGUUUUCACAUUAGAACAUUUGAGCCUUUUUUAAAAUACUGAAACAGCAGAGAUGUUGCAGAAAGGUAAAAGACAUUAUAAAGGAAAGGUCUUAUGAAAUAUAGAUUAGGCUCUGCUACUUUAGCAAAUCAGCUAGCAAUAGCUUUCAAGUUCCAAGUUGAAAACCAUUUUGAGAAUGAGAAGUUUGUUAACACAACAACCUAUUCUUGGGGGGAAAAAAAAGUGCACCUGCCUAAAUAUUAGAUCUGUACCAUUAGAACCCAUAAAGGAAAAAUGUAAACAACCUCAACCUUGGCAUGUACACACAAAUGACCUUCUGACCAAUAAAUGAAGUAGUAAGAAAACUACCAGCCAGUGGCUGUGGCGCACAAGGUCUGUGAAAACUGCAUAAAAUACAGCCAGUCCAUUUCCAGGAAAACACCCCUGAUCACCAUCUCUGCAAAUACAAUUCCCACUUUCCAGCAACCUUUUCUGCAGCCAGAUGAGAAAAGUAGUCACUCCUGAUCCGGACACCUCCAGAAACCAACUGCUUUCAGCAGUCACAACCCUGAAAUAUCAACUUCCUUACUUCACCUGCCCACUGGGAGCUCCCACAGAGAGACCUUUUGUCCAAGGAUACCCACAGAAGAGCUCGAGGAGGGAGCAGUUUGGAACACAGCUCCUCCAGACUUCAAACCUCCCUUUAUCAAAUGAGCACACACCAACCCAUGCCAAAGGGAAAGCAAGGCAGGAAAGAGAAGCUCCUCUCCCACAACACUCAGCUCUGGGCUCCCUUCUUUUCUAGCUGGAGAGCAAAGGCCAUGGGCUGGUCCUCAGUUUGGGAAGGAUCCCUGGGAAAUGGCCUGAUCUGGGAGCCCAGCAGAGGGAAGUUCCCCAAAAGGUAGGAAAAGAUUCUCUGGAAGCAAUAGAUUAUGACAAUACUUCUGCAGAAAAAAAGAACAAAAAAAGAAAAAGAAAAAAAUAAUUGAAGCAUUUGAAAAAGUUCCGAGACAGAAAUUUCUGGCCCAACAAGACAACUUCAAAGUCUCCGUGGUGUGUCAAGAAACUGAGGAAUGAACCUGCAAGGCUUGGAUACACUACAUUUGUGUCUGUCCUGCAAAGCACAGUCAGCUCCCCAACAAGACUUUGAGGACAAACCUUCUCCCUUCACCUCUCCACACCAGCUCUAGGCAGUCUCUGUCCACUGCAAGAUCUCCUUUGUCAGUCUGCAUUGACAAGAGUUGGCUGCAGGAGGAAUUUGCAUUGGAACUCCCCCCAGAUCAGGGGAAAAAAGAAGCAAUUCCUGAGGAAAGAAAAAGGCAACGCCACUUGGGAAGACACCAGCGUGAGUUCCCUACAGCUGUAGGCCUUGAAUCCCUUGUACAAAGUCCAUCCAUCCGUGGGGCAGCACUAUCGUUUUGAUGACAGUGGUGACAAAAUUGCUGCCCCUUCCUGCUGCUGUUGCUGACUCCAAAUCAUGAGAAAUGUGCCAACUCUGCCAAUGACACGCAGAGAUUGUGAGAAAAAACCAGCUAGUCCGCUGAGAAGGUGGCCAAAAGAAUGCUUUCUAAUCUCCCCUUUCCAUCCUCUCCCCAGCCACGACAGAGGAAUGUCCUUUUCCUCUGUCACCCACAGUGACCCAGGCCCAGGCUGCAGCAUGGGGGCAGAGUCCGCCACAGCUCGCAGAGCCCGCCCUCCCCAGGGCCUUCCCGUGCCGUGCCGUGCCGUGCGGGGCCAGCCCCGGGAGCCCCCGGCCCCGCACAGAGCCCGCAGCCCCGGCUCCGCGGCGCUCGUCCCCGCCGGGUCCGGCCCGCGCCGGGGCCGCGCUGGGCGCGCGCGGGGCCGAGCGCAGCGCCCCCCGCAGGCCGCGCGCCGCCGGCGCAGCCGUGGCCGUUGCGCCCCGGGCGUUGCGGCGACAGUCGGCGAUGGAAGCCACGGCGGAGCUGCCGCUGCCCGCCGGGCUCCGCGCCCGCACCUUCCCCGCCAAGCUGUGGCGCCUGCUGAACAGCCCCCGCGUCCGCUCCCUGCGCUGGGACAGCCGCGCCCGGGGGCUGCUCGUACACCGCUGCCUCUUCGAGCGGGAGCUGCUCAGCCCGGGCGGCGCCCAGGGGCCGGCCCCGGGCACCUUCAGGGCCACGCAGUUCCGCAGCUUCGUGCGCCAGCUCUACCACUACGGCUUCCACAAGGUGCCGGGCCGAACUGGCGUGGCUGCGGCGGGCGAUGCCGGCGCCUGGCUGCACUUCAGCAACCCCUGGUUUCGCCGCGACCGCCCCGACCUCCUGCUCCGCAUCAGGCGCCGGACCGCGGCCAACAGGCAGCGGCGGGCGGCGGGGCGGGAGGGGCGCUGCCCCCGGCCCUGCGGCUCCCGGCAGCUCCCCAGGGCGCGGCCGCUGCUGCCGGGCGGGCGGGACGGGCACAGUCGCUUCACGGCGCUGCCCGGGGAGCGGCCGCCGCUGCCGCCCGGGCGCCCGCCCCGCGCCUUCCUCCCACUGCACAGGGAGCGGGGCCCGGACGGGCGGGAGCUGCGCUGCCCCCGGCCCGGCCGCUUCCAGCAGCUGCCCCGGGAGCGGCCGCCGCUCGCCCGGCGCCCGCCCUGCGGCUUCCACCUGCUGCACAGGGCCCGGCCGGGGCCGGCCCGGCGAGAGGGGCCGAGCCGCUUCCAGGAGCUCUACGGGGAGCGGCCGCUGCCCGCCCAGCGGGAGGUGCUCCGGAUCCCGCCCUGCCACUUCCUCGGCUUCCACGGGGAGCGGCUGUGGCUGCUCGGGCGGGAGGGGCCCCCCGACCGCUUCCAGGAGCUCUACGGGGUGCAGCCGCCUCUGCUGGACCGGGAGGUGCUCAGGAUCCAGCCCUGCAGCUUCCCGCAGCUCCACGGGGAGCAGCAGCCCCCAGCCUGCAGGCCACCAGCUGCUCCGGGCACUUCAGCCCCCAGUGCUCCAGCUGGCAGUGCUGGCUGUGCAGCAUCACCGGCCUCCAGCUCAGAGCAGAGUGCACCUGUGAAAGAGGAGUCACCACCACUGGAUCUGGGCCUUGAAGUGGAGAAAAUGAUCCGGGAGAUCAGGAGCUCCCUGUCUGAAAAGUCUCCUGCAUCAAUGGCCUCCAGCUCAGUACAGAGUGCGCCUGCAGAAGAGGAGUCACCACCGCUGGAUCUGGGCCUUGAGGUGGAGAAGAUGAUCCGGGAGAUCAGGAGCUCCCUGCCUGAGAGGUCUCCCUCUGCUCAGGGGAAUCUUAAUGUUGCCCCUGAGCCUUCAGGAGAGGACACUUUGAACAGGGCUGCAGCAGAGGAAGCUUCAUCUGGCACCGAGAGCUGCAGGAACAGUUCCCCAGAGCCCGAGGAGCCUGAUCCCGUGUGAUCGACCUCUCCUGGAGGGGUGCCCUGCAUGGCAGGAAGAGACAGAGGGAGAGCCUGUGACUACCAGGCAGCUGGGGCCGGGCUGGGCGGAGCAGCAGUUCCAGCCCCGGGUGUCCCUGGAGCGGUGGGAGCUGCCGGUGGCCCCAGGCAGGGUCCCCUGAGGAGCUGCUGAAGGACGCUGCCCUGCAGAGCCUGAGGACAGGCGGAGACUGGCAGGAGGCAGCAGGGAGAAGCUGCAGGCCGGCAGCAGGAGCAGGGAGCAGGGAGCUGCUGCUGCCAGCCGAGAGGCCGGGUGAGGCCGCAGGGCCGCUGAGGCCGGCUGGGGCUGAGGGUGGCGCGGGCUUUGGCCGUGGGCAGUGCCCGGCGGGGCAGGAGCGGGCCCUGCCCGUGCUGGGGCUGCUCAGCGCAGCUGCCCCGGCCGGCACAGGGGCUGUCCUGGGCAAGGCAGCUGUGCCGGCAGGGCCCGGCAGCUGUGCCGGCCGUGCCGGGCUGCCGGCGGCUGCGGGACAGCCCCGCCGCGGCUGCGCUCACCACAGCCCGGCCCGCUCGGCUGCUGCUUCUUUCCAACCCUCCUGGGGAGGCGCUGGGCUUGGCCCUGCCCUGACUGAAGGGCAGGGGCUGCCAAGGGAAACGUCCCCAUCCUCACUCGGGGCUCCCUUUGCUUCCCACAUGUCCCCUCUGCUGUCCCUGUCCAGGAGAGCUGCUCUGCACGGGAGGAAGCAAGGACGGAGGGAAAGGCUUUGAAGAUGGGGCGCUGGAAUCCCUCUGCUUCGAGUUCUGUUUAAAGAUCUUUGGACUUGAACAUAGAGAGGGAUAAUGAUAUGGAUAUUUAUAUAUGUGGGUUUUAAUUUGUAUAGUAAUAUUUCUACAUGUUUAUUGUUAUAUUUAUCACUGUAUGCUAUGCAUAUAUGUGUGUAUAUAUGCAUACAUGUUUGUAAUUACAUGUAUUUUUAUAUAUGUGUCUAGGUAUUUGUAUAUAUAAGUAUGAUGUUCUGUGUUUAGUUCUAUUUUCUGUGUAUAGAGUUGUGUAGUUAUUUCUAUUGUUGUCAUAGUUAUAUGGCUCUUUCAAUAGCUGUAUUGGUAUUUGUAUAAGUAAAUAUCUAUUGUUAUAUUUAUACAUAUGUACUGAUCUAUUUGUGGAUGUAAUUCUAUUUACAUAUAUAGGGAGAUUUGUAUUGACUGAGUUCUUGGUAGAGGGGUAUUUAGAUAGAGAUACUGAUAUUUUUGUUAUUAUUCCUAGAUGGGCUUUAAGCUUAGAUUAAUAUGUAAUAAAUUAAGUUGUUAAACACCUAAUUGAUCUUUGUGUAUAGUGAGUUGUUGUAGAGGUUGGCAAUAAAUCAGGUUUUUGUUAACUGAAGAUGGUAUUUGUAUAUUUUUAUA